AUGUUUGUUGUUAAAUCUUUAUUUGGUAAAAUUAUGGGCAACGAAACCAACCCAGAACUCAUUCAACUCCAAUCUGGCCAGCUAAACCUCCUCAGGCCUAAUUCCAUCAAAGGUUCUACUGAGUGCAUCUACAAGGACGCGGUUGCAACGAUUAGGAGGACUACAGAGGAAUUCCAUUAUCAAUUAGUUAUCACACGCGCCUAUGAACAAGGCGAAGAAGAAUUACUCGAUGAAGACGAUGAAACUGAUGAUGAACGCGUUUUCCUUAUUGAUCCCGCUAUCCACUUCCACCAAUCAAAUCAAUCGACUUUUGCACUCAGGUGGAUCGAUUUAAAUGGCGAUGAAGGCGAUUCUUGGGAGUUUGUCGUCGAUAACUCCCUCGUCAACGAAAAUACUAUCUCUCUCUUUCAAUUCACAGUCUUACAGUGCAUGUUUGAACGCGUUCAUCAAAUUUCCUCACAACACGCUUCUGAACAGGAUUUGGACGAGUUCAAGUACACUGCAGUUGACCACUCUGUAUACCCACAGUUGUCAGCAGACAAGAAUGAGACAUUUCAGCAGCAGCGAGAACAGCAGCCACAGCAAUCCACACAACAAUCCACACAACAACCCACACAACAACCCACACAACAACCCACACAACAACCCACACAACAACCCACACAACAACCCACACAACAACCCACACAACAACCACACAACAACAACAAUCCACACAACAAUCCACCCCACUCUCCCAACUCAUUCCUACCCCCGAACAACCCGCUGAUGACUGGAAACCCAUUUUCACCACCCACGCUGGUCUCUUCAUCUUUGAUAAAUCCUCUGAACGCUUCCUAA